AUGGCAUUUUCAAUGGUUUUGUUUGUUGCUAUAGUAGUGAGCUCUUUGAUGGUUGUCUCUGGUAACUUCUAUCCAGAUUUUGACUUGACAUGGGGUGACGAUCGCGCCAAAAUUUUCAAUGGAGGGCAGCUUCUGUCUCUCUCUCUAGACCACACCUCUGGCUCUGGAUUCAAGUCCAAGAGAGAGUAUCUGUUUGGGAGGAUCGAUAUGCAGCUCAAGCUUGUUGCUGGAAACUCUGCUGGCACUGUUACUGCCUACUACUUAUCCUCUGAAGGACCUACUCAUGAUGAGAUUGAUUUUGAGUUCUUGGGCAACCUUAGUGGAGAUCCUUAUAUUCUCCACACCAAUGCGUUCACUCAAGGGAAAGGGGGCAGGGAGCAACAAUUCUACCUCUGGUUUGACCCCACAAGAAACUUCCACACCUACUCCAUCAUCUGGAACCCCCAACACAUCAUUUUCUUGGUUGACAACACUCCCAUAAGACUAUUCAAGAAUGCUGAAUCAAUUGGUGUUCCCUUCCCCAAGAACCAACCUAUGAGGAUUUACUCUAGCUUGUGGAAUGCUGAUGAUUGGGCUACGAGUGGCGGGUUAGUGAAAACUGACUGGUCGAAAGCACCUUUUACAGCAUACUACCGGAACUUCAACGCCCAAACCUGUGCUGGAUCUUGCACUCAUGGCACCCCUUCUCGUUCAGCACUCUCGGAUGGAGGGUGGCAGACUUAA